AUGAGUCUUGACAAGUGGUUUGUUUCAAAAACAAAGCCAAAAAUAAAGGAUGGAGCAAAAGUUCUUUCAUCCUCUUCACAUGAAAAAAUGGGAUCUCCACCUACUUCUAUUCAACUUAGCUCAGAAAAAAAAGAAAAGAAAGUUCAAAGUAAUGAUAACGAAGUUAAAAAACCUAAAAUGCCAUCAUCAAAAAUUAGUAAAAAAAAAAUAAAUAAACAAAUAAAAUCAGUUAAAAAAGAACAAGAAAGUAAUGAACAACUUGAUAACAUUGAAGAACAACUUGAUACAGGAAUAGAAACAAAAAGUUCGAUUAAUGUUGUUGUUAAAAAAACAAUCAUUGAACCUAAUAAACAAAAGAAAACACCUAAACCAAUUGAAUCUAAAAAAACACAUUUCAAUGCUUUUAGUCAUGAUACUACAGCAAAAAAUAAAGGAUCAAAAAUUGUUCCAAGAGGAGUUGGAAAUUUCUUUGGAGAAAAUGAGUUUGAAAAGAAAAACUUUGUAUUAACAGGUGUUUACGAUGAAUUAGAUAGAGAUGAAAUGAAAGAAUAUAUCACUAAUUUUGGUGGAAAUGUUGCAACAAGUAUCAGUGGAAAAACUGGUGUUUUGAUAGCUGGGGAAGAACCUGGACCAUCAAAAAUUGAAAAGGCAAAAGAAAAAGGAAUUGCUAUAUGGAAUGAAGAUGAUGUAUUUGAUUAUGUAAAAAAAAAAUUAGGAGAUAAAGUUAUAAUAACUAAUGUACCUAAACAAACAACCAACCAAAAACAACAAACAACUAAUGUAGAUAAAAGUACUAAUGUUAUUAAUUCAAAUGAAAUUAUUUGGACAGAGAAAUAUAGACCUCAAACAAAAAGUGAUCUUAUUGGAAAUAAAAAUCAAAUUGCUAAAUUUUAUACUUGGAUUAAUAAAUGGGAAAAAGUUAUUCCAGAUAGAAGAGCUGUAUUACUUGCUGGAGCUCCUGGAGUUGGAAAAACAACAGUUUCUAAAAUUGUUGGAAAAACUUUGGGGUUUAAUCCAAUUGAAUUUAAUGCCUCUGAUACAAGAAAUAAGAGUUCAAUUGAAUUAGCCAUUAAAAGAAUAUUCUUAAAUGGACAAAUAAGUAUUGAUGGAAGUAAAAACAAAAAACCAUUAAUUAUAAUGGAUGAAGUUGAUGGAAUGUCUUCUGGUGAUAGAGGUGGAAUUACUGAAUUAGUUAAAUAUAUAAAAGAAACUGAACAACCAAUUGUAUGUAUUUGUAAUGAUGUUAUGGAUAAAAAAAUGCAACCAUUAAUAAAUGUUUGUGAAACUAUUAAUUUUUCAAAAAUUAGUGUUCUUGAAUUAACUGAACGUUUAAAAUAUAUUUGUGAUAAAGAGGGUGUUCAAGUAAGUGAUGAAAAUUUAAGUCAAAUUGCUUCUAAAGCACAUGGAGAUGUUAGGUAUGGAAUUAAUAUGUUACAGUCAUUUGUUAAAUGUGGAGUAACAUUAGGAGAAAAAAAUGAAGAUAUUGAUUAUGUUGAAGUAGUUCCUACAUUAAUAACUCGAUACUCUUCAACUAGUUUUACUGAAAAAAAUGAGAUUUUCUUUAUGGAUAAUUUUAUGAUGCCAAUUUAUUUACAUGAUUCAUUAUUACGUGCUCAAAAUUUUUCUGCAUUAUCUAAAUCAUUUAGUUCAUUUGCAAUUGGUGAUAUUUUCCAAAAUUUAGUUAAUAAAACUCAAAAUUGGAAAUUAAUGCCAAUUACAGGAAUAUUUUAA